GUCCCUAAGCUAUUGCUUAAUCUGGGUCUGGAGGAGCCACUGGUCCAUGGGUCUGCACAGAUCACCGACAGAGGCAUGGUUGGAUCAGACAGUAUCAUUGGGCCAUCCACGCACGUGGGGGAGAAGACAUCCAUCAAACGCUCCAUCGUCGGCAGCAUGUGUACCAUCAGAGACAAAGUGAAGAUAACAAACUGCAUCAUCAUGAAUUCUGUUACCAUCGAGGAAGGGUGCUGUCUUCAGGGCAGUGUUAUUUGUCAUAACGCCGUGAUAGAGAAGGGCGCAGACAUCAAGGACUGUUUGAUUGGAAGCGAUCAGCGGCUGGAAAGCAAAGCCAAACAUGUUAAUGAAGUCAUUGUGGGCACGGAGCAGCUGAUGGAGAUAUAACCCGAGCAGGU